GAGGCGCCCGCGGCCGUGGGCGAGCGUCCGUGUGGCCUGGUCCGGGCCAUGUCCGCGUGAGGACGCCGCCGCCCCCCGCGUCCCGGCCCCGGCCCGGCCCGGCCCGCCGCGCACCAUGGGCUCCAUCCUCAGCCGCCGCAUCGCGGGCGUGGAGGACAUCGAUAUCCAGGCCAACUCGGCCUAUCGCUAUCCCCCGAAGUCCGGAAACUACUUUGCCUCGCACUUUUUCAUGGGAGGCGAGAAAUUUGACACUCCCCACCCUGAAGGUUACCUCUUUGGAGAAAACAUGGAUCUGAAUUUCCUGGGCAAUCGUCCAGUACAGUUUCCAUAUGUCACCCCCGCCCCGCAUGAGCCUGUGAAGACACUUAGGAGCCUGGUGAACAUCCGAAAAGACUCUCUGCGGCUUGUAAGGUACAAAGAUGGUGCCGACAGCCCCUCCGAGGACAGCGAGAAGCCCCGCGUCCUCUACAGCCUGGAGUUCACCUUUGAUGCCGACGCCCGGGUGGCUAUCACCAUCUACUGCCAGGCGGCGGAGGAGUUCCUGAAUGGGACGGCCGUGUACAGCCCCAGGAGCCCCGCCCUGCAGUCCGAGACCGUCCACUACAAGAGAGGGGUGAGCCAGCAGUUCUCUCUGCCUUCCUUCAAGAUUGACUUCUCUGAGUGGAAGGAUGACGAGUUGAACUUUGACCUGGACCGAGGUGUGUUUCCAGUGGUCAUCCAGGCCGUGGUGGAUGAAGGAGAUGUUGUGGAAGUGACUGGCCACGCCCACGUGCUCUUGGCCGCCUUUGAAAAGCACGUCGAUGGCAGCUUCUCUGUGAAACCUUUAAAGCAGAAGCAAAUUGUGGACCGGGUCAGCUACCUGCUGCAGGAGAUCUACGGCAUCGAGAACAAGAACAACCAGGAGACCAAGCCCUCGGACGAGGAGAAUAGCGACAACAGCAACGAGUGUGUGGUGUGCCUGUCGGACCUGCGGGACACGCUGAUCCUGCCCUGCCGGCACCUCUGCCUGUGUAACUCGUGUGCGGACACGCUGCGCUACCAGGCCAGCAACUGCCCCAUCUGCCGGCUGCCUUUCCGGGCCCUUCUGCAGAUCCGGGCAGUGAGGAAGAAGCCGGGAGCCCUGUCCCCCGUCUCCUUCAGCCCUGUCCUGGCCCAGAGCAUGGACCACGAUGAACAUUCAGGGGGCUGCCCAGCCUGGACACAGGAGAGCGCCUUGGCAGCCACCUACCUCACUUGCUUCCUGGGAAACCGCGAGUGUCCCUUUAAAAAAUCAAAGGCGCACCCCGCCUCACUGGCCAGCAAGAAACCUAAAAGGGAAACAAGCUCUGACAGCGUCCCACCUGGCUACGAGCCCAUCUCCCUGCUGGAGGCGCUCAACGGCCUUCGGGCCAUCUCCCCAGCCAUCCCAUCAGCCCCCCUCUAUGAGGAGAUCACCUACUCAGGCGUCUCGGAUGGCCUGUCCCAGGCCAGUUGUCCACUUGCUGGGAUCGAUCGAAUCCUGGAAAGCAGCCACCAGAAGGGCAAGCCGAGGAGCAGAUCCCCUGACAGCACCCUGCGGUCUCCGUCGUCCCCCAUCCACGAAGAGGAUGAAGAGAAGCUGUCCCAGGACUCGGACGCCCCUCCCCCGCUGAGUGGGGUGGGCCUGGCGCUCAGCAGCUCCCCCGAGAGCUUCGUAACGGAGGAGGCGGACGAGGCAGCGGCAUUAAAGCAAGGGAGCCGAGUGCCGUCCAUCGAGAACGUCCUACAGGACGGCAGCCCUGAGCCCUGCAGCCAUGGCCAGCCCCGCCUGCCAGCUGAUAUCUACCUGCCAGAUGUAUUUGUCUAUUCAUGAGAGACACAGAGGAAGAGGCAGAGACACAGGCAGAGGGAGAAGCAGGCUCCCUGCGGGGAACCCGAUGCAGGACUCGAUCCCAGGACCCUGGGAUCACACCCUGGGCUGAAGGCAGAUGCUCAACCACUGAGCCACCCAGGUGUCCCUCUGGCCCAAUUUCCAGAGGCCUCUGUCCCCCGCCUCCAGCUCCUCUCUCUGCUCCUCAGGGUCAAGAUCCUCAGCUUGAAGUACUAAGCUCCAGAGAUGGGGGACAGGACUUGGGGCUCUGAGACUUGUGCCUGCUGCCUGUUAAGAUACCAUCUAAGGUCCGAUAUGAAGAUAAAUAGCCACGGUGCCCUCAGAAAGUCAGGCUCCUGCCUUGUGGCUAGGAAGACCUUUGCCCCCCGCCUGCCCCAGGACUCACUGCUGCUCAGUUCCCGGUGACCUGACCUGUGCCUCGGGCCUGGCUGUGAUGUGCUUUGGUGUGAAGGUGUCUCUUGUCCCACCCGCCCCAGCUGGACAAGCAGUGGCCUGUGCAGACAGGGUCCCUAUAGCCCAGAGGGUGGCCCGUCACCAGGUGUAGGAAGGCAGGGUCAUAUGUUUAUCCGCACUCGGGGGCCUACCCAGAGAGACCCAUGGGUGAAAGCCAUGCCUAGGACCAGUAUUCCAUAGAGUAACACAAUUCCAGUAAGUUCUUUCAAGGAACUUCAAGGAUUUCCUUAUAAUUACAAGCUUGGGGGGAUGGGGAGAGCCCAUAGAGGGACUUCCUAGAACCACGAGUGGGAGUUGUGGUCCUAUGGUUGAGGAGGCACCUUGGACCCCCCCCGCCCCCCCGGCAGUGCUACCCCCUCGCUGCCAGCGUGUCUGCAGGUCAGGACAGGCCGCAGCCGCUGGGCUCUGCCCACAGGUGACACCAGGCUCUCUGGCUCUGUCACCCCUACCCUAGGCCAGUGACGUGGCCACCUUCAGCUCCACGGAGGGGGCGGGAAGCACGUUGGCUGUGCAGGUGAUAAAGGAGAGGCGGAAAUCCGUGUUCGGGGGCAGCAGAAGGCAGUGUCCGGCCACGGGGCAUAAGGAGGCAGCUCUGGGGCCCGCGACUCACCUGGUUGUGCCCCCCUGCACGGGUGCCUCGUGGGUUAGCAUCUGGAGCCCGGUCCUCACGAGCGCUGCCGACUGUACCUGGCGGGGCAGGGGGAGGCCGGGGUCCUCACAGACGUGCACACCUUUACAAGCAUAUGUGUACCUGUCUUCCUUUAUUCCCGUGCCAGAACCUUUUCUCCUGCUACUGGCUCUUGCUCAGCAGAGAUCCUAAACGUCUUUCCCACAUGCAUGUGUUCAAGAGCGGGAACGAGCACAUGGGUGUGUUCAUUCUUGGUAACAGCUGCACGGCUGUCCCCUGGUGGAUGGGCACAGUUGAGCGAACAUUAGGUUCUUACUGUGGGUGGGGGGAUAAGGAGGUCGGGCGAGGGAACCUGGAUGCUGGAAGCGGCGAGCCUGGGGGGCGGGGGGCCCCUCCCUGGGUCCACCCUCCGCCAGGUGAGCCCCGCCUGCCCCAGGCCCUGCCCUGUGAGUGCUUCUCCGGGCUGAGCGCCUCUGCGUUGCACUGUGGCCCAGUUCUCCUUUGUUUUGGCACAUUGGUCUGUGUGGGCAUCGUGUCUCAUGUGUCCCCCCGGGGCAUCUCGUCCUGAAGCAGUGCAUUUGCUGCGGGAUGUGCUGUCUGUGUGAGUGCUUUGCUAACUGAGCUUCUCUCCUCCUCC